AUGAAAACUUUUGGUAUAUCAGAAAAUGAUGACUACCCUCUCCACGUUGCAGUUAAGGAAAACUACUCUAGUUGUCUCCGUGAACUAGUAGAUUUAAUGCAAAGCGACGAACUUGCUAUUGAAAAUCGUAGUGGCAAUACUGCUUUUUUUAUUGCUGCUGCAAUGGGAAGGGUGGAACAUGCUGAACUGAUGUUUGAAAAGAAUGAAAAAUUAACAAGUAUCCGUGGAGAAAAGGAAAUGCUACCAAUUCACAUUGCAGCUCAGGGAGGCCAUGAAAGGAUGGUGGAGUCUCUUUAUAAAGUCCAAGGACGCCUGGAAGAAAUGGAUAGCAAAAAACUGUUUGAUUACUCGAGGAUAAAUGAAAACAUAAAAAAACUGUAUAGAGCUGCAUUGAGGAAUGACCUGAACACAACUAUUACAGAUGUUUUUAAGAAAGAUCCAAAGAAUAUUCCACUGUAUUUAACUACUAAGAUUUCAGACAACCAUGAUAUUGCUCUCCACAACUGGUAA